CGUUGUGCGUUCUUCCUAACACACACACACUUCAUCGUGACUCCGGCAUUAGCAUGCGUAAUGGCAGGGAAGGCGGGACCAACCGUAGGGGUGGAGUCUAAUCUGGGCGCAGGAAGAGUUCGAGAUCUGAUUGGCCGAACCGCAUGUCAAUCACAGCCUGGUUGCCUCGCCGACGUCUGUUCCAUUUCAGAGACGGGAGCAGCCCAGAGCGGUUUAGGCUUCGCUGUUUGUUUGUUUGUUUGGUUGGUUGGUUGUUUUUCACCGAUGGAAAUCAUCACGAUAUAAAAAAAACAACAACAACUCGUUGUUGAUUCUACGCAAGAAGAGAUCGCGGUCCUGGCUUGGUUUUCCGAGGAGCCAAUCGUAGAUGUUCUUACUCCAUCUUUAAUUGAAUGGAAUGCAAAUACUCGGCUGUGGUGCCCCAGUGCUCGCCGCGGUAUGUCUAAUAGACAUCUGUUUGCGUUUUCUUGCUGUGUGUGUGUGUGUGUGUGUGUGUGUGUCACUUUUCCAGCCUUCGCUGCCAUCGCCUUCGCCGCUCCGGAGUCUAAGCGACGACGCCUUUACGUGCAGCGCUACAAUAGUAGGACUAGAGUCGUAGCGAAGCCUGCUAUUGUGUGCUAAAUUCAUAACUUGGACCUGCUGUGAAAGAACGUGACGGUGCGAUGGCGUUGCCGACCUCGCCCAUGUGGUUUAUUCGUACAAGAACCAAAAGUAGAAGAGUACAGCCGUUUGUUUUGUUUGCUAAGAUGGAGCCUGGAGAAAGACCGCUGCUACAUGUGAAAGCACUAGUCUGUAUAGUCUGUAUUAAAUUGAUUCGAUUUCAUUUCCAAUUAUUUGCGUUUUCCGCCUGCGGGACCGAUUCCAGAAGUCGACCUGGCAUAAAUAAACAUGACCCUGUGUGCGGGCGUGUUGGUGACCGAAAGAAAACGACAAUUUUGGGUGUAGCGCUUAUUUUUUCCUUUUUUUUUGUGCGUAGUUAUUUAUAGCUCUUAGCAUAAACGAUGGUUCGUUUUCCUCUCCUCCAAUCAGAAUCUAGAUAAUGGGCUGUGUACAAUGUAAGGACAAAGAGGCAACCAAACUGACAGAUGAGAGAGAGACGAGUGUUUCCCAGCACGCUGGGUACCGCUAUGGGGCCAACCCGACGCCCCAGCACUACCCCAGCUUUGGGGUCACCGCCAUUCCUAACUACAACAACUUCCACGCGCCCGUCAGUCAGGGGACCGUGGCGGUGUUCGGAGGAGUGAACAGCUCGUCACACUCGGGAACUCUGCGCUCACGUGGCGGAACAGGAGUUACACUCUUCGUAGCACUUUACGAUUACGAGGCGAGGACUGAGGACGAUCUCAGUUUUAGGAAAGGAGAAAAAUUCCAAAUCCUCAACAGCACGGAAGGAGACUGGUGGGAGGCUCGCUCCCUCACUACAGGUGGAACAGGAUACAUACCCAGCAAUUACGUGGCUCCAGUAGAUUCGAUCCAGGCCGAAGACUGGUACUUUGGGAAACUCGGGCGUAAGGAUGCAGAGAGGCAGCUGCUGUCGAAUGGAAAUCCUCGGGGCACUUUUCUCAUCAGGGAAAGUGAAACCACUAAAGGAGCGUAUUCCUUAUCUAUACAGGAUUGGGAUGAUGUUAAGGGUGAUCACGUGAAACACUAUAAGAUCCGUAAGCUUGACAACGGAGGCUACUACAUCACCACCCGGGCUCAGUUUGAGACGCUGCAACAGCUUGUUCACCAUUACUCUGCGAGGGCUGCGGGACUAUGCUGUCGAUUGAUAGUCCCCUGCCACAAAGGCAUGCCUCGCCUUGCAGAUCUGUCAGUCAAAACCAAAGACGUGUGGGAAAUCCCGCGAGAGUCGCUUCAGCUCAUCAAGCGCUUGGGGAACGGCCAGUUCGGCGAGGUCUGGAUGGGUACUUGGAACGGAACCACGAAAGUAGCAGUGAAGACCUUGAAACCAGGCACCAUGUCCCCUGAGUCGUUCCUGGAGGAAGCUCAGAUCAUGAAGAAACUGAGACAUGACAAGCUAGUGCAGCUGUAUGCCGUCGUCUCCGAAGAGCCUAUUUACAUCGUCACGGAAUACAUGGGCAAAGGGAGCUUGCUGGACUUUUUGAAGGACGGUGAAGGACGGAGCCUUAAAUUGCCAAACCUUGUAGACAUGGCAGCUCAGGUGGCUGCAGGCAUGGCUUACAUCGAGAGAAUGAACUACAUCCACAGAGACCUGCGGUCGGCCAACAUCCUCGUGGGUGACAGUUUAGUAUGCAAGAUUGCGGACUUUGGCCUGGCCAGGCUGAUAGAGGACAACGAAUACACAGCUAGACAAGGUGCCAAGUUCCCGAUCAAAUGGACGGCCCCCGAAGCCGCGCUCUACGGACGGUUCACCAUUAAAUCAGACGUGUGGUCGUUUGGAAUACUGCUGACAGAGCUGGUGACCAAAGGCCGUGUGCCGUAUCCAGGGAUGAAUAACCGUGAGGUGUUAGAGCAGGUGGAGCGUGGAUACAGGAUGCCGUGCCCUCAGGACUGCCCGAUCUCUCUGCACGAGCUCAUGCUGCAGUGCUGGAAGCGAGAUCCCGAGGAGAGACCCACGUUCGAGUACCUGCAGGCGUUUUUGGAGGACUACUUCACUGCCACCGAGCCCCAAUACCAACCAGGAGACAACCUCUAAGCCGCAAACAAAACAACAGCUGGAGAGUUAAAGCGAGUGGAUUCGUGCUUUAAUCUCGAAGAUUACAACACCAGUCCAGUCACUUUGACUUACUAAUGCUAUUAGACGUUGUGGUGGGGGGGGGGAUGGAUAAAUAAAUAAAUAAAUAAAUAAAUAAAUUAAUGAAUACAUCACCUGGACGACGGAAAACCUCCUUAGAACUCGAGAGCCAGAGGAAAACGCAUCGCCGCGACACGCACUGUCCCGAACGACGACACGCUGCACGAUCGAUGAUUAAAGCUUCCAGAUUCGUUGCCAUUUCGAUCCAGUAUUCGACCCGUUACUCAUCUUCCAUGAAAAGGACGUGCCAUCUUAAACGUGUUCACUAAAGCCAAACCACAUUUUGGGGACAACACACGAGUGUUUGGGAGAAAGGAAAAAAAAAAAAAAAAAAAAAAAGGAUUAAGGAUAACGGAUGUUUGUAUGUAGUGUAAAUAUGAUUGUGUUUACUUAACCCCGUUUUAGGCUUUAUAUUACUUUUUAUAAUGCUUUUUAUUUGAUUUGAUUUGUUGAAUUUUUUUUUUUUUUUUUCUCGUAUGGAGUCACUGCUCAGAGAAAAAAAGUAUGAAUACCGAGGCUGAAACAAGACGACUAGUUCGGGAAACGGCCUCUUUGAAAACGUCCGGGACUCUCUUGAUUAUUUAUUCCAGUAACCACACCCUCUUUCUUUAACUUGGAGAAAUCCUGCAGCACAUAGCUUAGCGUUCCUGACACUAAACCUUGUGACUUUUUCACCGAAUGGAAAAUUUUGUGCGUGCACUGGUGACUCUGCUCAGCUUUAUUAUUAUUAUUAUUAUUAUUAUUAUUAUUAUUAUUAUUAUUUGCACCUGCUUUUAGCAAAAGCUCAGUGUCUCCAUUCCCCCCCUCCCCCUCCUUGCUAGUGCAUUUUUCUAUUUAGUCACUUUGGAUUAACGAUAGAAGAAUUAUGCAUCGAUAUAGUAAUCAGGCUGUGUGGGCAUUAUGCUUGACUAUACCUGCAUCUCUCUCUCUCUCUCUCUCUCUAGCGAAGAUGAUCAAAUAAAAUAAAUGACUAACAUCAUCAUUGUUGUAAGAGGCAUAAAAGCAAAGCGUUUAAUUGCAUUACAAUGUGCUAUGAUUUAACAUAACUAAGUAGGGAAAAAAAAAACAAAACCUUAAUAUUAACUCCACUGAGCUUGUCUAGCUUCCUUCUGGCCCUGAUUUCUGUCCCUGAUAUAAAACGAUAUCAAAACGUCAUGUCUGGACCGCAUUUAACCUCGAUCAGUAUGUUCAAAUGUCGAAAGCCCUCGUCUAUCAAGCAGCAUUAGCAGGCCCAUUUUCACCUCGUUUCCAUUCCAGCUUUCACUCGAAUAUCUAGUGAAGGUUUUUCUAUAGAAUAGUGCACACUAUAGUAAGCCGUACGAACACGGGCUCCAACUCCGACCUCAUGGUUUUCACCAGAUUCUCUCUUCUUCUUCUUCUUCUUCUUCUUCUUCUUCUUCUUUUGUUUUUUAAUCAUCCAUUUGAAUGAAUUAAUUCAUAGAUAUAGUGUUUUUAUUUAAUUGUUGUUGUUUUUUUUUUUCAUUUAUGCACAAACAUUUGUAGAAUAAAGACUCAUGCCCAAGCCCAUUUCUUUGGAUUUUAUGUUUCUCUUCUGAAAUUAUCUUUAUUAUUAUUAUUAUUAUUAUUAUUAUUAUUAAUAAAUUAUCUUCAUUUAUCUUUGUCUUUCUUAUACCACAGUUUGUUUGGAUUCUCAAAUCUGAUUGGUCAGAAGAUGUUGAUUAAUCAGCUGCAAGAAAAACGACCGAUUUUAUAUUCACGCGCUUGUUCGAGUACCGUACGUUAUCAUUUCAAGUAACGGCUCGUACACGGCGGCUCGUACGACGGACACACGAGUCUGAUCUUAAAACGUGGCGUUGUUUAACAAAGGACGACGUCAUGGUUGACGUCUUCUGUAAGGAGAUGUUUAUUUAACGUUUUAUGGUAAGGAGUCUCCAGUGUGAGUAAGUUUAGGUCUUUUAGCGCUUUCUGGUUUCUCUGUGACGAUCUGCGGGGGGGGGGCGGGGCGGGGGAGGCGGGGUUUCUCAUCCGUGUCAACAUCGAGAGUGGGAAAAGAGAUGCUGGUGAGGAAACGACUGUUUAUAGCGGCUAUAACGUUAAAGCGAAACAACUAACUUGUUUCCAGGCCAUUGAAUGUAACCAUAAAUGGAUAAAUAGUACAUCGUGUGACUCGUGAGCAAAUCCCUGUGGUAUAAGAGGAA